GUCCCAUAUCAUCUGGUCAAGCUGAAGGGUGACGGUGUCUUGUACCGCCACUUUAAUGCAGUACGUAUUACCCGUGGGGGAGAAGGUGACAGCCGGGAUCUGGGUCUCCACCCAGUCCUCGGCUUCUUGUGCCCUUUUGACCAUGGGGCCGAGAUCUUUGGCCUGAUGUUUGGGGUGCAGGGCGAGUGAGAUGUGGGGAACCGCCUCCUGACCCAUCCUGUACCAAGGCUGCUGCUCGGGAGUGAGGAUGGUAGCUGAGGCCACCCCCUCGGGGCCCACAUAGAUGUUUUGGGAAGCAACUUGCCAUUAAUGGCCUUCCAGCUGCUCUGAAAAAAGCUCCUCGUACCACUCAGUGCCAUCCCUAUCAUAGAACAGAGUCACAUGAGGUUGGUCGGGCGGAGGAAUGUAGGGCUCGAGGAGUGAGAUCCAGGGCCUCCACAUCAAGUAGGCCUCGAGGAUGCCCCCGGGGCCAGGUUCCAGCAGGCCCCAAUAGAUGUCUGCAGUGUGGGGUCACACCGGCCACAUGAGCCACUGACCGCUGCCCUGGUAUUGAGUCCCGCACCGCAGCUGGGUGCCUUCUGGCAGUGUCACCACCAGGCCAUCAGCGCUACACAGUAUGGAGGCCCCCAGCUUCACCAGGACGUCUCUCCCCAACAGGUAGACUGGAACCGUGGGUGAGAUCACGAACGGAUGCAGGAAGGUCUGUUUUCCAAUCAAAACCUUCACUGGUUUCGUUACUGGCAGUUCCAUGGUCACUGUGGAGGUGGACACCUGAUUGUCCUUUGGAGCCAUGUUCAGAGUGGAAUAUGUGGCCCCAGUCACCACCAGAAAUGGCAGUUCUUUGUCCAUGACCACUAGGGACAGCAUAGGAUCUGUCUCUCCUCUGUCCUGGGCCUCUCCUGGGGUGUGUCAUUGGGGGAAGGAGAAGUCUUCCCACUCCCCGCCAUCCAGAGCCGGGUAUUGGCCUCCUGGCUGGGGUGCGGCUUGUGGGUUGGGGGCGACCAUGUGUCCCCUGGUUGGUCCCCCACGGCCUCUGCCCCUCAUUGGGCCGGGUGCAGGGCAGUCUCUGGCCCAGUGCCCUAAGUUCCCACACCGGUGGCAGGCGCCUCCCCCCGGCUGUCCUCUUUGCGGAGUGCCCCUUCCCCAACCUCGGGCCCCCGAUCCCCGAUCCGGGCCACCUCUUCCUCCUCCCCAAUUGGGAGCCCACCCACCGUAUUGGCAGGGCGGGACGGGGUAUGUCCUUCCCCACUGGCCUGGCGUGGGUUGUGGGGGUGGGCCCCCUGUGGUUGCCUCCGCCACCAUCUGCUUCCCAGUCUGCCCCCUCUUUUUAUUCUCGGUGGCCUUCUGCCUAGCCUCCCCCACCUGCAACUUCAGCAAUUGGGUUUGGAGCUCUUUAAGGUCACUCUCCUCCUUCCCUGCCUCGUCCUGGGCCCGCUGCAGGUGGUGUAUCACAUGCCUAUCCCACACGUGGGAGUCUGCACCUGGUAAGUCUGGGUUGCCCAGGAUCGCAGCCCGCCCUCCCUCUGGAACCCCCUCCAUUACAGCCCGCCGGAACCAUUCGCGCUACACACUCAGUACCCUGGGAGAAGCCAGUACAGACACUCUGACAGCUCAACGAGGUACCCAGGGUGAGAAGACUUUCAAUAAAAAAAGUGGUUGUAAAAGAGACCAGCAAAUUCACACAAGGGAGAAGUCCUACCAGUGUUCACAGUGUGGGAAGAGCUUCAGUCGAUUAGGACACCUAAAUAGACACCAGCAAAUUCACACAAGGGAGAAGUCCUACCAGUGUUCACAGUGUGGGAAGAGCUUCAGUCGAUUAGGACACCUAAAUAGACACCAGCAGAUUCACACAGGGGAGAGGCCCUACCAGUGUUCACAGUGUGGGAAGAGCUUCAGUCGAUUAGGACACCUAAAUAGACACCAGCAAAUUCACACAAGGGAGAAGUCCUACCAGUGUUCACAGUGUGGGAAGAGCUUCAAUCGUUUAGCAAAUCUAAAGGAGCACCAGCGGACUCACACAAGGGAAAGUCCCUACCAGUGCUCCCAGUGUGGAAAUAGCUUCAAUCGUUUAGGAACCCUAAAGAGACACCAGGGGAUUCACACAGGGGAGAAGCCCUACCAGUGCUCCCAGUGUGGGAAGAGCUUCAAUCGUUCAGCAAAUCUAAAGGAGCACCAGCGGACUCACACAGGGGAGAGGCCCUACCAGUGCUCCCAGUGUGGGAAGAGCUUCAGUCGAUUAGGACACCUAAAGCAGCACCAGAAGACUCACACAAAGGAAAGUCCUUACCAGUGCUCCCAGUGUGGGAAUAGCUUCAGUCAAUUAGGAACCCUAAAGAGACACCAGCAGAUUCACACAGGGGAGAAGCUCUACCAUUGCUCCCAGUGUAGGAAGAGCUUCAGUCUAUUAGCAACCCUGAAGAAACACCAGCAAAUUCACACAGGGGAGAGGCCCCACCAGUGCUCCCAGUGUGGAAAGAGCUUCAAUCAAUUAGAAACCCUAAAGGCACACCAGCGGAUUCACACAGGGGAGAGGCCCUACCAGUGCUCCCAGUGUGGGAAAAGCUUCAGUCGAUUAGAUAACCUAAAGAGACACCAGCGGAUUCACAUAGGGGAGAGGCCCUACCAGUGCUCCCAGUGUGGAAAGAGCUUCAAUCAAUUAGGAACCCUAAAGGCACACCAGCGGAUUCACACAGGGGAGAGGCCCUACCAGUGCUGCCAGUGUGGGAAAAGCUUCAGUAAGUCAGAAACCCUAAAGGCACACCAGCAGAUUCACACAGGGGAGAGGCCCUACGAGUGCUCCCAGUGUGGGAAAACCUUCAAUCAAUUAGGAAACCUAAAGGGACACCAGCGGACUCACACAGGGGAGAGGCCCUACCAGUGCUCCCAGUGUGGAAAGAGCUUCAGUCAAUUAGGACACCUAAAGAGACACCAGCAGAUUCACAUAGGGGAGAGGCCCUACCAGUGCUUCCAGUGUGGGAAAAGCUUCAUUCAGUCAGAAACCCUAAAGGCACACCAGCGGAUUCACACAGGGGAGAGGCCCUACCAGUGCUCCCAGUGUGGGAAAAGCUUCAAUCAAUCAGGAAACCUAAAGGGACACCAGCGGACUCACACAGGGGAGAGGCCCUACCAGUGCUCCCAGUGUGGAAAGAGUUUCAGUCAAUUAGGAAACCUAAAGAGACACCAGCAGAUUCACAUAGGGGAGAGGCCCUACCAGUGCUUCCAAUGUGGGAAAAGCUUCAUUAAGUCAGAAACCCUAAAGAGACACCAGCGGAUUCACACAGGGGAGAGGCCCUACCAGUGCUCCCAGUGUGGGAAAAGCUUCAACCAAUUAGGAAACCUAAAGGGACACCAGCGGACUCACACAGGGGAGAGGCCCUACCAGUGCUCCCAGUGUGGAAAGAGCUUCAGUCAAUCAGAAACCCUAAAGGGACACCAGCGGACUCACACAGGGGAGAGGCCCUACCAGUGCUCCCAGUGUGGGAAAAGCUUUAAUCAAUUAGGAAACCUAAAGGCACACCAGCGAAUUCACACAGGGGAGAGGCCCUACCAUUGCUCCCAGUGUGGGAAGAGCUUCAGUCAAUUAGGACAUGUAAAGAGACACCAGCAGACUCACAUAAUUGACAGUUCUUUAUUGCAAUCAGUCCAAUAAGUGUAUCACAUUUUUUUAUACUGUUUCUGUAAUAUGCCUUUAUGUUGGGUUCCCCUUCUCUGGCCUGUUGAUGUUUAGGGUUUGUUCUACAAAGAUUCAAAGGGAGUGUUUACAAUUUAUCUUGAAGGUCGUCUCCAACUGCAACAUAGUUAGCAUUAGAAGCUGCUGAAAUUACAGUUAAUGACAUUUGAAAACAUUUACUUUAAAUCGAGUAAAUCAAUUAAUACUCCAGAUGUGUAGCAAAACCCAGUGUUAAAGGGGCCCCAGAGCUAAAUUUUUAAACCGUAGUAUCAAUAAGCUUUGACGUUAUCGAUUUUGUUUUCAGUAGUGGAGAAAUUAAGAAAAUACAUUUCCUCUUUUUUACUGCUACACAAAAGUUCUUUUUCACAUAUCACCUCGCCAAGGUGGAUUCUGAUUGCGUUUUUGCUAGAAGAGAGAUCUCUCUGAGCCUGUGUGUCUCAGUCACUCUCUCUCUUGCAGCAACACGCAGCACGCGCAGACACGCACAUCCCCUGCUUUUAGCGAUGACGGCGGAGCAGACUAACCGGUCAAAAGUAAUGACAUUUCAUGACAGUCGAUGCUGACAAUGCUCACUGCAACAAGUGUUUUGCAUGUAAAGGUGGAAACGCAACCAAUUUCUCAAAACAUCUAGCGGAAGUACAUCACAUGCAUAUGAAGAGAUGGACAGUUUCCAACUGCCAGUUCUGCAGUUUAUCUGUUGUUGCCCCAGGUAUGUUAUGUAUGUUAGCAGCCUGGAGCUCUCAGACAUAAUUAACUAAGUUAUUUGAAUAUGGAUUAACAACUAAAAUUAAUCAUUAGCCUGCUGGUCAUUAUGGGUGUGUUCUUUAAUUCAAUCUGAAAGGGUCAGAGCAUUAUUUGUCAUUCAGAAUGUCCUAUUUAGACCAUGGAUCGGGGUACCCGCGGUCAUGGAAAACCUGGAAAAGUUUUGGAAUUUUGGAAAUUAUUUUUCCAGGCCCUGGAUAAGUUUUGAAAUUAUUGGAUGGAAAGGGAAAAGUUUUGGAAACUAGCCUUGUUCAUUUUUUUUCCAGCUUUGUUCCGCAACGCGCUAAUGGAAAUGUACGAGCGGAAGUCAAGUUACCUACUUUGGUAAAAAAAUUGGCAAUAUUACCGCGCAGAUUUCGCGUAUUUGACAUCGCUGCUUUUUUGCUUGCUAUUCCAGUUAUUGUUUUAUUUUUUGCACAUAUUUCAAUUUUAUUGAUCACAGUUUCCUGUUUUUGAUCCAGUUUGCCUCUACCAAUCAUAUGGUGCGUAUAAUUAUUUUAAUACUGGGAUUAAUUUUCUUAAUUGAAUGCUAUUUGCACAUUGGCGAAAGUUGUCCACCGUCUGUGUUUAUUUGGUAAGCAGAUUGGCUAUUAUAAUACCAAAAAUUGUAGUACAGUGGUUCCUCGGUUCUCGAACUCACUAGAACUCGAAUUUCUUUAAAGUCGAAUAAACCUGAUUGACCUAGAA